AUGAAAGUUCUUUUGGAAGCGGGAGCGGAUCCUUAUGCGGAAACAGACGCUGGAGACACAAUACUCCACGCCGAUGGAGAAUCGGACAAGGAGUUACUUCCUAUACUGUCUGGAUCAGGCCUGGUUGAUAUCAGCAAGAUCAUUGCCGAAAGCAAUGGAGGGCCUUUGUUCUAUCGGCUUAGGGGCAGUCAUUUCGAGUCUGUUCUGGAGCUUUUGAAGUAUAAACCAGACUUGAAUGUGACUGCUCCAGAUGUUAAUGGUUUGCUACACGUGCUGUUCAGUCACUGGCACUCCAGAUCCAAGGAUUCAGUCCUUCACGCAUUACUAUCGGCUGGCGCUAAUCCAAACCUCCAAAAUAAAAAGGGAGAGGCGCCUUUGCAUUUAUUGGCGGAAAGUAACACUGGGUUCGAAACAGUGUCCAGGCUGAUCAAGGCGGGUGCAGAUAUUGAGAUCCGAGAUGCACAAGGUCAAACAUCCCUCUUCGCAGCUUCAAAUUGUAUUAGUGUUGGAAAUGGUGUCUUCGAAACACUCAUCGAGCUCAGCGCCCGACUUGAUACUCGAGAUAACAAGGGCCGAACUCUCCUGCACCAAGUCGUUGAGAAUGCUAGUCGUUUAGACAAGUUGGCAGGCCUCAUGGGGUUUGACCAUUCUGUCGUCGACUGUAAUGGAAAUACGCUCUUCCUUGAGCUCGUUUCUAAAGAACACAGAUGCAGCAUCUCAACUUACGAACAUCUCAAGAAGCUGGGGGUUAAUAUUGACCAACCUAACAACCGUGGAAGAACGGUCUUGCACAAGAUGUGCUCAAAAAUACCUAGCCACAGUUGGAGUCCUCCUUCUAUCAAGACAGAUUUUGAUCAUGUCAUUCAAGAGUGCACAAACAUGUCUCCUCAAGACGUUGACGGGAUUCAACCCCUGCAUAUUGCCUCCGCCGUGUCUGAGAAUUAUGUUUUCAAACUUCUCGAGUCCGGAGCAGAUAUCUUCGGCGCGACGAAAGAAGGCAUGAUUGCGCUUCAUGUUGCAGCUCGAGCUCGACAACCUGGGAUAAUCGGUCUGAUUCUUUCCAAAAUCGCCGACCUCGAUGAUGAAAAUUGA